CAUGCAGUCCCUUUGUUCAGACAGCCAGAUGUUACGCCAGACCUGUGAGAAGAAAGAGGAAAGACAUCCCCAGCCAUUUGGAUGAUCUUCCUCCCACAAUGCUGAAGAAAGAUUAUGCCAAUGUCCCAAUAAUAAAUAGUGUUGAUGAUGUAGUGAAAAGACUGUUGUCACUCGAAAUGGCAAGCCAGAAGGAGAAGAUGAAAAUAAAGACACAGCAGCUGGUGGAGAAGGUCAGGAGGUCUCCCAACGACAAUGGCUCCUUUGAGGUGCAAGUUGCUACGUUGACUGCCAAGAUACGCACUUACGAGGAACAUCUUCAGAGGCAUCCCAAGGAUAAAAAUAACCGUCGUCGCAUGCUGAUGGAUAUAGAUCGCCGGAAGAAGCUACUUGCAUAUCUUCGCCGUGUCCGCUAUGAUACCUUUGAAAACACCUGCAAGCAGUUGAAUAUCCAGUACACCCUACCCCCGCCCUACUGCAGAAGGAUCACCAAGCGCUGGGUGGUGAAGAAGGCUUUCUGUCUCAAGGUUUUUCAGGAGGCGCGGAAGCUGAGAGCACCAGAGAGGCUAAAGCAGAGAAGAGAGUGGCAGGCAAGAGCGAGAGCUGCAAAGGAGAAACAGGCGCAGUGUGAGGGGACACGGGGACACCCAUGUAGCAGCACCUCGGGGCUGCGACACAGCCAGUCUCUUUAA